AUGUUGCUUCGAAAAUAUGGGCCAAAACGGAAGAAAUUGAAUAAUGCGCAUAACGAGGAGCAAGAUAAAAUGGGGAAAAUUGUGGAACUGGUGAAAUUAAUAAGAAACGCAGCGAAACUGGCAAUGGCGGUCAGUGGUGAUAACGGGACAACAGAGUUCAACAAGCGGGCAGUUAAGUUUGCAUCACCACGCCUAUUAUCUCUUGCGCCCGAGGAAAGCCGGGAUGAGGUAAGCUGCUAA